AUUAAUUUGGUUUUGUUAUUUUUAUUAAUCACUAAUGUGUUUUCUAAUUAAUAUUGUUUUUUGUUUUUAAAAUGAAUAAAUUGUUAGUGGCUGAGGUGUUAUUCCUCAUAUUUUUUGCUACGAUUGUUUUUAAAGCAAGUAACGUUGUUUCUCUCGAAUGCUAUGUAUGCUCAAAUCAGACUGGAAAUACUGAAAAAUGUUUAAACACGAUUAAAACUUGUGAUCCAGGACAAGAUGCUUGUCAAACGGAAAUCAGGUGGGGAAGUAUGCCUUAUUUUUCAGAAGGCGCACAAAAGCAGUAUUAUGUUUCUAAAAAGUGUUCGACAAAACAUAUAUGCCAAAAAACUAGAUCGCAUUAUAUGCGUUAUUGCACACAUAUUUGGUACGAAGAUUGGAACUGCUUUGAAUGCUGCCAGGGAGAUAGAUGUAAUUAUUAUGUCAUAAGUGCAGGAAACAAAUCUUUCAGUUACCAGCAAAUUUUAUAUUUACUUGUUAUUUUAUUUUUAUCAAAAACAAUAUUGUAAAUAAGAAAUCAAAUAUAAUUUACAACAAAUCUUAUUAUCGAUUCCGUCCAUUGGGAUAUAAGAAAA